CUUUACAGUUUUUUUUAUUUAUUCAGUUUUGUUUCCGUAGCGGCAGAUGAGAGUUUUGUGGCCGUACGCCGUGAAUUUAAAGCUUCAUAUGAAGUGAAAUUGCCGCUAUUAUGUAGAUUUCCUUUAAAAUCAAUCCCUGUGGCCGGUAAUUGUGUUGUUACAAAAUGUCUACUGUUCUUCUCGCGGUCGUUGCGGUCAUAUUGUGUGUGCUUUUCCGAAUACUGAAUGUGAACAGCCAACCUCACAAGCCUGUGAUAUAUGGCAGGGAUAGAAAUUUCAUAGAAAAUAUCCUCUUUAUUGCUCCGUUUCUCAAUGAACCAUACAUACCAACACGAUUAUGGGGUUUCAGCGGCCAUGUACAGACAAUACUUCACAGCCUCAUUGGACGCGUCCGGUGCCCCUGGCCUAUCGGCGGCCGCAUAUCCCUAAUCUUACCAGACAAAUCAACGCUCACCUAUGACUUGUAUGAACCUCUUGGAAGUGAACAUGAAGAUGACGUGACAGUGGCGAUAUGCCCCGGCAUAGGCAACACGUCGGAGAGCGUCUACAUACGCACCUACGUGCACUACUCACAACGACACGGCUACAGAUGCGCAGUUCUCAACCACAUUGGCGCCCUUAACAGUGUACCCGUCACCAGCAAUAGAAUAUUCUCCUAUGGUCACACAGAUGACUUUAGCUACAUGGUAGAGAAUUUAAUGGAGAGAUAUCCUAAUACGAAGUUGAUUCUAGUCGGAUUUAGCCUCGGCGGCAAUUUGAUUACGAAAUAUUUAGGCGAGGAGAGGAAAAGACCCAAGAACAUUAUUGGUGGCAUUUCGAUAUGCCAGGGAUACAAUGCCAUUGAUACAAUGGUUUAUCUUUUACAAUGGCAGAAUUUCCGUCGUUUCUACUUGUACAUAAUGACUGACAAUUAUCGCAAUAUUAUAACUAGACAUAAACGGAUGCUCUUGAAUCCAGAAAUGAAGAAUAGAUACUCUUUAGAUGAGAAAAUGAUAGUUUCUGCUGGUACCUUGCCAGAUUUGGAUGAAGCCUAUUCUAGAAGAGUUCACGGAUUCGAAUCAGUAGCAGAAUUAUAUAAAUGGAGUUCGUCGGCUUUCUAUCUCAAGAACAUAAAGACACCAAUGAUAUUUAUUAACGCUCGAGAUGAUCCUAUUGUGCCCGAACCCUUGCUUCCUAUUAUAAGAGAAUUUGUCAGCUCGCACGACAACGUGAUGUUUUUAGAGCUUUCACACGGCGGUCACCUCGGCUUCUACGAAGGUGGUCUGGUGUACGCCAACCCCGUGACGUGGCUCGACCGUGCGCUCGCCGCCCUCGUGGGCGGGCUUCUCAUGGCGCACCACAAGUGCGCGCCCAAACCAGCCACGGACGCUGCUUCCGAUCUCGGGCUACCCGACGAUGAACCUGAUCUCAUCAAAUCUGCGACUAUCAUCUACAGAGAUCCACUCGAUAAAGUUCCACAAAAGGCAUCAAGUUAAGAUAUUUUUAUAUAGAGGGUUUUUCUAGCAGUUUUGUAGUAUCGCGUGGGAAACAACGGCGGUAGAGCGGGUGAGCUCAUCGAAUACGCAACGUGUUAACUCGUUAAAGGCGAGGUAAAAUUCCAUUAAAGUAUUCUCAUGUUCAACUUUAGCGUAAUUUUAUCAGAAAAAAUAUCACCGUAGAACGGUUGUCAUACAAAAUAUAAUUUCAAGUAGUUUUAUUUUAGUUAUGUAAUUGUCUUUGUCUAAUUGUAUCUGCUUGCUACACACAGUAGAUACAUGAUAAUCCAUUUAAACGAUUGUGUUGUAUUGUUUGACAUUAAGCUUGUGUGUUUGGGUGUUUAUUUUAUUGUUGAAGUAGUUUCAUUUUUCAUAUUAGGAGAGCAAAUAAAUUAGGGGCGGAAUUGGAUGGUUCAUUAUUUUAUAAUUUUCAUUUCUGAUUGUAGAUCAAUGAAGAACCAUACAUGAAGUAGGUAUCAGAAUGUUUUAAUUCUUAUUUUAAGGGCAAAGCACACACAAUACUUUUAGCAUUGUCCACUUAAUUGCUUUUCAGUUUAGUUUCGCACAUAUUUUGAUCAUUAGGAUCGAAAGCUACAAAACGUCUGCGUUUUACGCCGCAUCUAUUCAGACGUUAUACCCUAUCCAUGGAAAUGGUAUAGCGAUCUCUCUGUUACGUAAUCCUAUACAAAUGAUAGAGCCAAAAAUCCCAGUGGGCGCUAACCAUUUUGAUCACCAAUCACAAACGGAACUGGGUAUGUUUUUUAAUUGAAUUUUGGAUGGUUUUUGAAAAGAAUUUCGAAUAUUUUUCAUAAUAUGUUUGAGUUCAUUCAUAAUUCAUCGUCGUCUGCUUAUUGAACCGUCUGAUGUGAGCCCUAAGAUGAUCAUUCCUUUUCGAAUGACUGAAGUUGCGUACGUUCCGUACGAAUUUGAAUGUGCCUAGUAAAUGAAACGAUACAAUAUUUUAAAAAUGACUAAUAUUUAGAAAAUAGUUUUUAGAUUAAUGAGCACAAAAAGUAGGAAGUUGGUAUGUUAUUUCAUUCUGCACGUUCCUAUGUUUUUAUUUAUAUUGGAAUAAAUUAAAUAUUUAUAAAAAUAGACAAUGGUUUGUUGAGAUUUAGGUUGUGUACCAAACAUGUUAAAAAGGUGCACAACACAAUAGUGUGCCUGCACCUUUAAAUUUUCUUGAAGAAGAAGAAUUCCAGAAUGUGAUACAGUUAAUUUUUACGUUUUGUUUAUUGAUAAUGAUUUAUGAUUGAUAUGAUUUAUUUCAAAACCUAAGUUCAUUUCUUAGUUAAAAAAAAAUUGUUCAAUUAAUUUGAUGAAUCAACUUUGUGUAAGUGUGUGUUUUUACAGGUUUGUUCUCACACAGACACAAAUUAUUCAAUGUUUCAAUUGUUAUGAGUAAUAUAAUGAUGAGUAGCAUUAUGAUGUAUAUAAACAAAUUGUUUUCAUGCAUUUUCUUUUGCAUUAUGUAUUUGCAUUGCCACCUGCAUUUAUUUAUUUAUUUUAUAUUAGAAAUUAUUUUGGUUUAUGUUGUAUUUAUUGAAUAUGUGAAAAAUAAGAAGUAAAUAUAAUAUUUAAUGAAACAUAUCAUAGCUGUGCUAUGGUUUGGCGAAGAGUACACAUAGAUUUCUUUAAUCUUUUGUUUUUGUUGUAUUUAAGUAUGGAAAGAACUUUUGUGAGUUUAGUUUGAAAUUAUCUUCAAUGAUUUUAGACUUAUUUCGUGGUUCGUUUUUGUGACAGAAAAAUCAAAUAAGAAAUUGAAAAUGCAAUUACAAGAAAUAAAAAUAUAUAAAAAAAAUACCGUAAACCGCAUCGUGCAUUCAUUGUCCGCCAGUGCGAACAAAAUAUCCGAUCUAGUUUAUGAAAUUUUGUCGUUUUAGGAAGUUUUGUGGGUGAAGUUUUGUCUUGUCAUGACUCAUAAGAGCACAAUAAUAUUUUUGCGCCUUUUCAAUUCAGAUCGAAGAUUUUAUCUCGUGCGGAUUCGAUUCAGCUUUAAUGUGCCAUUAGCGGAAUGACGCGAGCCGAAUUACAAAAACUCGCGCGGAAUUUUAUCCGGAUGUGUCGUAUAGAAAGAAAUGUUAGAUAAACGAAAAAAACUUUCGCGCGCGAUUUUCGGCUAGGAUGUUAGCCUUACAUUGUACCGAAUUUGCCCUCUGCCUCGCGUCAUAUUAGAUAUUAAAAUUGACUGUGUACAGUUGCAUAUUGUUCUUUAUUUAACUAUGUUUACUACGCAAUGUUCAACUUUUUCGUUUUUCGCUGUUUUAAGCUUAUGCUUAUGUUAUUUAUCAAUUUGAAGCAUGUUUGUACGAGGUACAAAAGCGUUACAAAACGAUUAUAUUGAACUUAGUACAAAACGCAAAUGAUGUAUUCAAUCAAUAGACGAGAACCAUAAAUGAUUGAUGACAUACAAAUGAAUUUUACAGCUAAAUCUACUAUCAUAACUGAAUAAAAAUAAGAUGUUCAUUGAAAAAGAGUCGAAAAUUGCACGUACAAAUUACACCGCCUUUAGUUUUUUUGAGGAAUAUACACAGAUAAUAAUGAUCGUCUUAAAAUAAAACGAAUUAAGCCAAAAACAUAUUUAUAACACGUGAUGCUACAGGAGGGAUAGCACGAUGUUGUGAAUUGUGAUUAUCACAUUCCCAUAAUCGUAAGUGUAGUAAUCAACUGAAUUUAUCGCAUUCUUGGUGCAGUCAAAUAUGAUUUUCAAAGCCUAACACCACGUCGCUUUGUCGCGUCAUCUGUUUUAAGUAUGUUUCUAGUCUUAUUAUUUAUGAUUGUAAGUUUUAUGUUUAAAAUCUACUGUAUGUCGUGUAUAAUUUGGAGUAACAAUAAAUUGAGGGUUCUUUAGUAUCGGAAUCUGUGCAGCUGUUUUGUUUGAAAUAGUUUUCUACUUACUCAGAGUACUUACUGAAUAUGACCAAUGAAAGUUCUGAUCUCAUGCGUGUAUGUGAGUUGGAAAAUGGGCGGGACCAUCCAAUAAGACAGAUAAUCACUGAAAUUGACGUAAUUUACAAGUACGCUGGAAAUGUUGUGCCAUACUAAAUAACAGUUAUUUUUUAUACCGAUCCAUAAUGCACCUGAGCGUACCAGGAGUUAAAAUUGACACUUUGUAUCAGAAUAUGGUCGGUUGUUAGACGUCUCAACAUUAACAUUUUAGUUUCAAGUACCAUGGGCUGCUUUACUUAUCGGCUCUACUCGAAAACACACUGCCUAUACAAGUCAUGAUUCUGUAUAUGCCAUGUAUACGCACCAUGUAGUUUUAAAUAGCAAGCGUCAUAAUGUGAAGAAUUACAGUGCAGCAAAACAAAUAGUCCAAUCUAAAGUUGCAACAUCGCGGUUUACGUGAGUCAUAGACUAAGGAUUAAAUACACAAGCCCAUCAGAGAUCUGUUUUUGUAUAGUACAAUGCGCAGUAACACCUCUUGUUCAGAUUGGAUUAAUUAGUCGUGUUCGUUUGCUUUUCUUGUGCGCAUAUGCGUGAUUCGUGCAUGCGCAGUUGUUUAAACUUGAAUCCAAAUCACUUGUCAGAAAUAAGGACUCUCGCGCAAAACUAAUUUUAAUAAUUGCGUAUAUGCAAAUCGUGUACAAAAAAAAGCAAAACGAACACGACUAUUGUUUUGCGCGCGCUUUAAUAUUUUAUACUUGUACGUCUAGCACCUAUCUUUGACAGCGACAAUGUGACUGAUAAUAAUAAACGACAAUCUAAUCGGACUAUCUUGCACUCUUUUACUAUUACAGUUUUAUCUAGCCCAAAAAACAAGAAUAUGAUCGCACUGUGAUAGUCUCAAGGUUGGUGCUAGGGGGCCUGUGAUCUGGGAUGGGAUGGUCCCUGAUAGUUGUAUUAGAAAAGUCCGGUCCAAUUGAGAUAUAUAUAUAAUUAUGUAAUAUUAAUUAAUAAUAUAAGUGUCUAGAACGCCACAAGCGGAUAUUUGAUACUAAAAAUUAUCCGGUAACACGUAUUUUUAAUGUGAAUCUCAUGGACAUUAAGUUGUAUUAAAAAUUGAAUCCUAUGCAUUUGCGUUAAGGUACAAAUUUUAAAAGCUAAUAGACUGGCUUAGUAAUUUUUAUUAUCAAACAACCGCUUGUGGCCGUCUAGACACUUCCUAUAGUAAUUGUUGUUAUGCAAUAUGAACUAUUGCAAAUUAUAUUUUAAAGGGCAUUUAUUAUAAUGAAUUAAUGAUUGUGUUCAUUUAUAUGAAAAACUCUGUAUUGCGCCUUUUAAAUAGCUGGGAUGUACAGCUACAGUUAAGAUCAUGCUAUUGAUAUAUAAGUAUGUGUGAAAAUAAAAAUAAGUAAUUUUUUUAAAUCAAAUGAGAUGAAAUAGAUUUGUUUGAGGUAACAAGUUACAACCUUUGUUGAUUAAUAGCCGAAAUAUCUUUAAUAUAUCGAUAAGUUACUUAGCAACUUUGUUAUUUGUCAAAAAAUACCAUACCAUUUUUAAUAAAACUGCCAUGUAAGUAAUCGACAGAUUACAGAUAGGAUUGAUUAUUAUUUAUUAACUUUGGCUGUAAGAUAACGUUCUAUUUUGCUUAGCCAUCUAAAAACAGACUGUACUUUGAAUUGAGAUUGUCUUUUUAUCUGGAUUGAAAAAAUAUAGUGAUUUAUGUAAAAACCUGUGGUCUCUGGAUCAUACCAGAAAAAUGUGUAGUGUACCUAAUCUGACAUGUGUUGUAGUCUGAGGCUACUAGCAAUAGAUAGAUAAUGUUGGAAAUUAUUAUUUGAAUGUGCUAAUUUUUCUAACAAUGUAUAUUGCCUAAUAAAUGUGAUCGAAAUAAUA